AUGUCGGGGAAAACCAAGCGGCGCCUUGGCGUACUUCCAGGGCCUGUUGAAGCUAUUAAGUACCUCACAGAAGCUCUUCAGUCUAUCAGUGAAGUAGAGCUUGAAGAUGCACUGGAAAAGAUCAUUGAUGCAGUUGAAAAGCAACCCUUGUCAUCCAACAUGAUUGAACGAUCUGUAGUGGAGGCAGCAGUCCAGGAAUGCAGUCAGUCGGUAGAUGAAACUAUAGAACAUAUUUUCAAUAUCAUAGGAGCAUUUGAUAUUCCACGCUUUGUGUACAAUUCAGAAAGAAAAAAAUUUCUUCCUCUAUUAAUGACCAACCACCCUAAACCAAAUUUAUUUGGAAUAGCAAGAGAUAAAGCAGAGCUGUUUCGUGAACGCUACACCAUUUUACACCAGAGGACCCACAGACAUGAAUUAUUUACUCCUCCAGUGAUAGGUUCUCACCCUGAUGAAAGCGGAAGCAAAUUCCAGCUUAAAACAAUAGAAACCCUAUUGGGCAAUACAACCAAAAUUGGAGAUGUAAUUGUUCUUGGAAUGAUAACACAGUUAAAAGAGGGAAAAUUUUUUCUGGAAGAUCCGACGGGCACAGUACAACUGGAUCUUAGUAAAGCUCAGUUCCAUAGUGGUUUAUACACAGAGUCAUGCUUUGUCUUAGCAGAAGGUUGGUUUGAAGAUCAGGUGUUUCAUGUCAAUGCCUUUGGAUUUCCACCCACUGAGCCCUCUAGCACUACUAGGGCAUACUAUGGAAAUAUUAAUUUUUUUGGAGGGCCUUCUAAUACAUCUGUAAAGACUUCUGCAAAACUAAAACAACUAGAAGAUGAGAAUAAAGAUGCCAUGUUUGUGUUUAUAUCUGAUGUUUGGUUAGACCAAGCAGAGGUGUUGGAAAAACUUCACACCAUGUUUUCUGGUUAUUCACCAGCACCUCCAACCUGCUUUAUUCUGUGUGGCAAUUUUUCAUCUGCACCAUAUGGAAAAAACCAAGUUCAAGCUUUGAAAGAUUCCCUAAAAACUUUGGCAGACAUAAUAUGCGAAUAUCCCAAUAUUCACCAAAGUAGUCGUUUUGUGUUUGUACCUGGUCCAGAGGAUCCUGGAUUUGGUUCCAUCUUACCAAGGCCACCACUUGCUGAAAGCAUUACUAAUGAAUUCAGGCAAAGAGUGCCAUUUUCAGUUUUUACUACUAAUCCUUGCAGAAUUCAGUAUUGUACACAAGAAAUUAUUGUCUUUCGUGAAGACUUAGUGAAUAAAAUGUGCAGAAACUGUGUCCGUUUUCCUAGUAGCAAUUUGGAUAUUCCUAAUCAUUUUGUGAAGACUAUCUUAUCCCAAGGACACCUGACUCCUCUACCCCUCUAUGUCUGCCCAGUGUACUGGGCAUAUGACUAUGCUUUGAGAGUGUACCCUUUGCCUGAUCUACUUGUCAUCGCAGACAAAUAUGAUCCUUUCACUUUGACCAAUACUGAAUGCCUCUGCAUAAACCCAGGCUCUUUUCCAAGAAGUGGAUUUUCAUUCAAAGUUUUUUAUCCUUCCAACAAGACAGUAGAAGAUAGCAAACUUCAAGGUUUUUGAGAUUCUUGAAUACCAUCGAAGAAACAAAACUCAAUUUUCUGCUUAAUUUUAUAUUUCAUGUAACUUUGAUAUUCGGUUACAAUAAAAUUAUGGUAAACUUU